CAUUUAGGAACAGGGGUAGAGUGAAAGAAUAGAGCUCCAGGGUUGAAAGCCUACCAUAAAGUAUUGUUUGUAUCUUUCCUCUCCCCAGAGGAGAUCCCUGUUCUGUCAUUGUAUUGACAGACGUGCUAUUACAGGCUCUUUUCCCAGAAGUUGACCGAAGAAGCUCAAGUGUUGCUGUUUUCCCUCCCAAGUCCAGUGGUUUCCCUGGUAAUGGACUGAUUCUCUCUGAGCCUCCAGACUGGUAGAAUCCCCCAGAUCUAGACUGUGAACUCAGAUAGAAAACACCAUUGCAAAAAUGCCUGAAGAUCCCAUAAAGGAGAUCCUUGGAACCCCAGUGUCUCCCAAACCAGGAACAAUGGAAAAGAACCCCCAAAAAGAAGUUGUAAUCAACAUGGUCCCUCUAGUCAGUGAGAUACAGCUGACAGCUGCUACUGGGGGCACUGAGCUCUCCUGCUACCGGUGUAUCAUCCCUUUUGCUGUGGUGGUCCUCAUCACUGGAAUAGUGGUCACUGCAGUGGCUUACAGCUUCAAUUCCCAUGGUUCUAUCAUCUCCAUUUUUGGCCUGGUCGUUCUGUCAUUGGGACUUUUUUUGUUAGCCUCCAGUGCUUUGUGCUGGAAGGUGAGACAAAGAAGCAAGAAAGCCAAGAGACGGGAGAGUCAGACAGCUCUUGUGGUAAAUCAGAGAAGCUUGUUUGCUUAAGACUGGAUUAGACCAAAUGGGAAUAUGUGGCCUGAAAAUCCUGCUUUCACUUUAUCAGCCAAUCCUCCCAGAACUAGUGUUUGCGAGAAUGGACAUGGCUUUGGAGCAGACCAGAGGCCUGGGAUGGACUAAGGAUGGGAGGGAGGAAGGGGGUUUUUCUUUUGUGAGGAACAACUUGUAUCUUCUUUAAUGACAAACUUAAUUCUAAGGGCUCUUGAAAGACUGGAAAAUCAGAUUCUUCUCUACAUCAAACAUUUUAAGAGUAGUGUGGGGCCUGGUGGUGGCGUACCUGGUUGAGCACACACAUCACAGUGUGCAAGGAUCUGGGUUCAAGCCCCCAGUCCCCACCUGCAUGGGGAAAGCUUCAUGAGUGGUGAAGCAGGGCUGCAGGUGUCUCUCUACUUCUCUGUCUACCCCAUCCUCUCAAUUUCUGACUGUCUGUAUCCAAUAAGAAAAUAAAGAUAAUUAAAAAAUUUAUAUAAAAAAGUUGUGGGAGGUGCGUAGCAUUAGACAGUGUUUGAUUCACCUUGGAAAGAAGCCAAUAAAGGUUGAGAAAAUAAUCAGAUUGUUCUGGUACACCAGUAACCUGCCUCCAAAAGAAAUUAUCCAUAUGUUUAAGAAAUAAAAGUGUUCUUCUGAGAGACUAAACCACCAUGGACUUUUGUAUAGUUCUAUGAAAUUCUAUGACAUCUUUAUUAUUAUUAUUAUUAUUUGAUUCUAUGGCAUUUUUUUUACUUUUCACUUUUAAUAAUUCAUCAUUGGUGGUACAUUUUCAUGAAGAAGAAAUGAGUUCUUUUAUGCUUCAACACUGUACAAUUUUUUAUUAUUAUAAUGUGUUAGAAGUAAGAGAAAUUAAAAGGUAUAGUUACAUGUGAGUUAAUAUUCAAAUAAUCCAAUAUAGCACUUUUGAUUAUUUUUAUAUAUAAGUUUAAUGUACACUUUACUCAAAAUAAUAAAUACUCAUUGCUGCUGAAA